GGCCAAACUUUUAAAGAUGGAGUAGCAUCAGUCGGGAAAAUGUUAAGAACCACUCCAAUGGUCUCAAAAUAACCGAAUAUCAUAAUAAAACUUUUCAAACGUUUUUUGAAAAUUUUUUAUUUACUGUCAAAAAGUGGCAAUUACUCAGUUUUGUCACUCAUCAUUUUGGAAGUCGACCAAAAAAAGGUUUUUUUCCUACAUUUCUUAUAAUGUCAUUUUGCUUUAAAUAUUUGUAUUAAAACACUGUAGGGGUUGGAACAUGCGACAUUGCUUUGGAUUUCCUCAAAAGCUCAUAUGUCAAAAUUUUGGCACUGUGCCAAAACUUUGACCGGAAAUUAUGAAAAAUCUGAAACUUUUUGGAGUGUAUUAAGUUGUUUUAAAUUAUUUCAAGUGUGUUUAGAUAAAAUCCUAACUGGCGCUACUCCACCUUUAAACUAUAUUAUAUAUUUUUUCUUCAUAUUCAAAAAUGGAUCUCAGAUAUUUUUUUUUGAAUUCAAUCUUAAAUUUACCAGCACUCAAAUUAUACUUUCAUGUCUGUUGUUAAAAAAAUCCCACUCACCAAAUUUUCUUGAACAAUCUAGGAAAUACCACAAAUUGCAUGAAAGAACGUGUGAGCUUAAGGGCGGUGGUGUGUGAGCCUUGCUCUUGUGCAUUUCAUAGCUACCAUGGCAACGGAGCACACACCAGACGGCUCCCCUUGUUCCGUUGCCCCCUUUCUUGCAGUUAUUCAGUUCAUGAGGAUUAAAUGAAACUCAAGUAUCUUUCAACUAUUCUCCCAGCUCAGGAUGGAGAAGCAAAGAUCAGCAACAUUUCGUGCUCUCCAAAUGGUUCUCGUGCAGCGAUUGCCUGUUCCGAUCGAUCAGUCGCUUUGUUAGAUGAAAAUGGAGUGCAGAAGGAUAGAUUCACUUGCAAACCGAUUGAUGCAAAGUACGGAAAAAAAUCGUUCACCGUAUUGUGCAUGACCUUUUCACCUGAUUCGUCACGCAUCGCCAUCGGACAAAGCGACAAUGUUCUCUUCAUUUAUAAAGUCGGUACCUCUUGGAAUGAGAAGAAAGUGAUUGUCAACAAAUUUGUGCAACCAUCCGCUGUCACUUGUUUGAGUUGGCCAUUUGAUGACAAAAUUUUGGUUGGUCAAUUGGAUGGAAAAGUUCGUAUCGGACUCAUCAAGACAAACAAAUGCAGCUCACUAUACAAAACCGACGAGACAGUAGUUUCGAUUCAAACUCACCCGAAACGGACAUCUUUCGUAUCGGCGCACCAGGAUGGAUCUAUUAUUUUGUACAAUUUCAGUAGCAGAACUCAGUCCAAAAUCUGCACGCUGCAAGUUCCUCCGUACAAUUUGGUAUUCACAAACCACGGGCUGGUUGUAGCGACUUCCGAUCGAAGAGUGCUGUCCUAUACCGAGAACGGAGUUGUUCAGCAGCAAUUUGACUACAAUGAUCAAUCCGAAAAAGAGUUCUCUUCGAUUUCCUGUGAUCCUACUGCUCAGAACGUUGUGGUAGCAAGUUAUGACAGACUACGCCUAUUCUCCUGGUCUGCCAGAAGAGGUGCCUGGGAUGAGGGUGCUCCGUUGGAAAUUCAAAAUGCAUAUACAAUUGGUGCACUUGGUUGGAAAAUGGAUGGUAGUACUAUUUAUGCGGGUACCGUGUGUGGCGGAGUAUUUUCCGUCGAUUGUUGCCUGCGACGCGGUAUGCUAAAAAGUCGCUUCGAGACCACAUAUGUCGCACCAUCACACGUUAUUCUGCGUGACGUCACAAACGACACGAGAACCAACGUGAUCUCCAACAAAGGACUAGCAAUUGAUGAACUGAAAAUUAUGGGAAAGGAUAGAUAUGUUAUUGGAUACACCUCUUCAAGCAUCAUCAUCGCUGACACAGAAUCGCAAAGAUUCUCGGAGCUGGAGUGGCAAAGUGGAGGCCAUGAAAAGUUUUAUUUCGACUUCAAUAACUGUUGCUUAAUCAUUAAUGCCGGUGAAGUCACAGUUGUCGAGUAUGGAGUGGAUGGUUCACUGGGAUGGGUGAGAACUGAGCUCACUAGUCCUCACUUGCUCAGUGUGCAAGUUAGUGGGCCUGAUGUGGAAGAGCACAAAAAAGUGAAGAAGUUGGCGUAUUUAGUGGAUCCCACAACUAUUUCGAUUAUUAAUCUGAUCAAUGGCCAACAAGAAAGCUUCAUAAACCACACUGGUGCAGUUGAUUGGAUUGAGCUCAAUGAGCGUGCUUCAAAACUUCUUUAUCGUGAUAAGCGAUCCAAAGUCACUCUUGUCGAUAUUUCAUCUGAUCAACGAAGUGUUCUUCUCUCCUUCUGCACAUAUGUUCAAUGGGUUCCAAUGAGUGACGUCAUUGUAGCUCAAAGUGGUGAUAAUCUAUCCAUUUGGUACAAUCCAGAUUUACCAGAGCAAGUGACAAAUAUGAAGAUUAAGGGAGAAGUUGAAGCGGUUCUUAGAGAUGCUGAUAGAACAGAAGUUAUAGUUCAGGAACCGACAGCAAAAGUUGCAUAUGAACUUGACAAUACUCAAAUUGAAUUUGGAGCUGCACUGGAAAAGCGAGACUUCGAUAGAGCAGUGGCAUUCCUUGAAUCUAACACCAGUGGGACUGAUGCCUAUUCAAUGUGGAUAAGAGUUGCAGAAAUGGCUCUGGAACAUGGAAAUCUGUUUGUCGCGCAAAGAUGCUAUGCGGCAAUUAACGAUGUGGCAAAAGUUAGAAAACUUCAUGAUAUUCUAGAAAUUGCCGACGAAGCAUCGAUUUCCAUUGGAGGUGAUGGAACUCACUUUUACAAAGUCCGCGCCAUGUUGGCAAUUAUGGGAAGAAAGUUCAAAGAGGCCGAGAGAAUAUUUUUGGAACAAAAUGACACGGAAUCUGCAAUUGGGAUGUACACAUCUUUGCAUAAAUGGGAUGAAGCAUUGGAGUUGGCAAAAGUGCUUAAUUAUCCAGAGUAUGAGCAACUGAAGACAAGUUACCUUCGAGCGCUGAGUGAUACAGGACAAGAUUCCAAAGCUGCAGAGCUCAAAGUCUCUGAUGGUGACACCCUUUCGGCAAUUCAGCUGUAUAUCAAAUCCAACAAGCCACUUUCUGCUCUCAGUGCUGCAAACAACGACAGUGUUCUCUCGCAAGAUGAGAAUAUUCUUCGACAAAUCGCAGAUUCCCUUGUCAAAUCACAACUCUACGACAAGGCUGGAGAUGUUUAUGAAAAGCUGAAGGAUUUUGAUAAAGCUGUCGAAUACUUCAAGAAAGGAGACGCUUACGGAAAAGCCAUACAGCUUGCUCGAUUCGCGUUUCCUGAAAAAGUUGUCACUCUGGAGCAGGAAUGGGGCCUACAUCUGGAAUACAUUGGACAGUAUGAUGCUGCCGUUAAUCAUUUUGUUGAAGCCAAUGAUCUCAAGAAAGCAGUUGAAGCGGCUAUUCGAGCUAAAGAGUGGCCUAAAGCAUUAUCCAUAGUGGAAAACAUUCAGGAUCAAAAAGUAAGAACUGGAUACUAUGGAGAAAUUGCAGAUCAUUAUUCCAAUAAAGGAGACUUCGAGAGAGCUGAAAGACUAUUUGUUGAAGCCGGUCUUUUUAAUGACGCAAUUAUGAUGUACGGGAAGAAUAACAAGUGGAUUGACGCAUUCCGUUUAUCAGAGGAGUUUCAUGGACGAGAAGCUACAAUUUCAUCAUAUCUCGCCAAGGCAGAAGAUUUGGAUGAGCAUGGUCGAUUUGCAGAAGCUGAGCAACUAUAUAUAACAAUUGGCAUGCCACAUAAAGCAAUUCAAAUGUACGAUAGGGUUGGAAGAGAUGAUGAUGUGCUCCGAUUGGUGGAGAGGUACCAUGGUGAACAUAUGCAUGAAACUCGAAAACGAUUUGCUACCCAAUAUGAGGAGCGUGGAGACCUUAAAGCUGCUGAAGAGCAGUUCUUAAAAGCUGGAGACUUCCGAUCCGCUGUUAACAUGUACAAAGACAGCGAAAUGUGGUCGGAUGCGUACAGAAUUGCAAAGACCGAAGGUGGUGAAAAUAUGGAGAAACAAGUUCUGUUUAUGUGGGCGAAAAGUAUUGGUGGUGAUGCUGCAGUGAAGUUGUUGAACAAGCACGGAAUGCUCAUGGAAGGAAUUGACUUUGCUUGCGAAACUGGUGCAUUCGACUUGGCAUUUGAUUUGGCAAGAAUCGGAGCUAAGGAUCGGAUGGGUACUGUGCACGUGAGAUUGGCGACUCAGUUAGAGGAGGAAGGGAGAUUGGAGGAUGCAUCGAAGCAUUACGUGGAAGGUAACAAACCGGAACUUGCUGUUGAAAUGUUCAUCCGUGACAACGAUUGGGCUGAUGCUGAAAGAGUUGCGAAAGAUCACUGCGAAAGCCUUCUACCCGAUGUCUACACCGGACAAGCACGCCGUGCAAUUGAGGAAGGAGAUCAUCUCCGAGCAGAAACUUUCUUGCUUCGAGCCAACAAACCAGACAUUAUCUUAAGAUACUUCAUUGAAAACGAGAUGUGGCCAGAUGCGUUGAGAAUUGCGCAAAACUACUUACCCCACCAGGCGGCUCUUAUUCAAGAGGAAUAUGAAAAAUCUGAAUUGAGAAACGGAGCACGUGGUGUUGAUUCAUUUGUUGCUCAGGCGAAGGAAUGGGAGCAACAAGGUGACUGGAGGAAGGCGGUCAGUGCACUUCUGAAAAUCAACAGAGAUUCCACGGAUAAUGAUGCACUGAUCAAGCAUAGCACAGAAAAAGCCGCCGACUUAGUGAUGAAGUUUCUCAUGGGAGAUGAAGAAUAUAUUGGAGCAGCACUUGGAGCAUUGGAUGAAGCGAAUUGUAACGAAAAGGCUGCGGAGUUGCUAUUGCUGUUUGGUCAAAGUAGACAAGCUAUAAAUGCACUGUGUAGAGCAAAGCAAUGGGCUAAAGCGAAACAAGUAGCACAAGAAUAUUUACCGGAAAUGGUUCCCGAAAUUGAGAAAAUUUACAAAGAAAGCCUCAAAAGUGAGGGUCGCCUUGGAGAAUUGAUUGAUGUGGAUGUGAUUACGGCGAUUGAUAUGAUGAUUGAAAAUGAUCAAUGGGAUAAGGCAUUGGAUACCGCGAAAUCUCAAAAUUAUCGACCACUCCUUGACAAAUACGUCGCUCAAUAUGCAGCCAUUUUGGUGCAUCGUAAUGAUUUAUCGAGAGUCCUUGCUGUUCUGGAAAGAUACGGAGCUUCCGCGAACCCUGCAAACUUUUCAAUUUACAAAUUGCUCAUGGAGGAAACGUUGGCAAAACCUCGCUUUGAUUACACCGAAAUUGCUAGAGUUCGAAAUGUGCAUUUGGAUGUCUAUAACGCAUUGCAAAAAGAGAGUUCUGAGCAUUUCGAGGAGUUCUCUAGAGCUCUCUGGGCUUUACAUCUCAUUGCCAUGCGAACCGCGUUGGAAGAGAUUGGAGAUUCUGUGCCAGAAGUUCAGAAGCUUUGUCUGAAACAGUCGUUGUCACUGUUGAGAUACACGGAUAUACUGGUGGCGGACAGGAUCUUCUACGAAGCUGGAGCAGCUGCAAAGGAUUAUGGGAGUGAAUACGAAUCGCUUGGGUUCUUGCUUUUGAAUCAUUAUCUGGACUUGGUAGAUGCAAUUGAAGAAGGAAAUGGUGAGCUCGUGGAUUAUAGUCCAUUUGAGAAUAGUGAUAUUCCGACAGAGGUGUCACUUCCAACAAGGCAAUGGCUAGAGAGCGCCAAACACGAGGAAAUGAAAGAAUGGGUUCUUGCCUCAUCAGUCGAUGAUGCUCACGCAAAAGAGCUAGUAUAUGAUAAGCGAGGAGUCUUCGAAGCUUCCCUUAAAGAUAAGAGAGGUACGGCCGAACCGUGUCUAGUAACUGGCUAUCCGGUCAUUGAGAGUACAGUUCGCAUUGGAAGUAUGGUCGCCGAAAAGGACAAUUUGAACAAGUUUCUCGUUGUGAUCAAGUCAAAUCAGACGGAGAACCUACUGAAUGUGCAAAAUUUUGUUGCGAAGUGGGCUGGAUCGCCGUUGGCUAUUUCGUUGUGAUGCGCCAUCACCAAAACUUGAAUGACAAUCAUUUUAUUUUUGAGCAAAAUAAACAGUGUAUAUAU